GGCUGCGGAGCGGAGUCGGACCCAAAUCAGUGUCGCACAACAUAAUGGCGCUGCUCAUGGACACCAGACUGCUGCUGAGGAAAGUGAGAGAUCUGAGGAGUUUAACGCCGAGAAGACACCGAGUCAAAGAGAAAUGGGCGGCUACACGUGCCAAGUACCCACCUACUGCUUUAGCCCUGCAGCACUUUGAUGCUACCUACAGUGUCCAGCUGGGGCAGCUGUGGCCAUCGAUCCGAGUGGCCUUGCUGUCAGAGAGGAAAUACGGAGCCCUGCUCAACAAUUUCUCCCAUGAUGACGCCCUGGCAGACCUACAAGCAAAGGGAUGCAGAGACUUCAUCAACGACACAGAUUCAGAGGCUCAGCUAUGCUCGGAUGACAAAUCUGAGAUUUGUGUGGAGGAGGAACCACAUAAUGUUCCUGUGAAGAUAUCUGAUGUUGAUGAUCAGCAGCUGUCUCCGCUGAAGCUUAGUCCUAACAUCAAGUGUGCAGUGUUUCCAAGAGGAGAUAUCACAAGAUUCAAACCUGCCAGACCAGACAUAGAACGGUUGCUGGGUUACUACCUGAUGGACGCAGCUUCAGUGCUGCCUUGUCUUGCACUGGAUGUUCAAGAAGGUCACAAUGUGCUUGACCUCUGUGCUGCUCCAGGGGGCAAGACUCUCACUUUACUUCAGACGCAGGCGAUCAGGUUUUUGUGUGUAAAUGACUCCUCUGCGUCUCGGACAUUACGACUGAGAAAGGUCCUACACAGCUACAUUCCUAAGCACUUCUUUACAGAAAACAACCUACGCAUCACCUCCUUUGAUGGAUCCAAGUGGAGAGAAAUCGAGAGGAACACUUUUGACAGAGUCCUUGUUGACGUUCCCUGCACCACAGACAGACAUUCACUAAUGGAAGACGACAAUAAUAUAUUCAAUAAGACCAGGACUGGAGAGAGACGGAGGCUGCCACAGGUACAGCUGGAGCUGCUGCUGGCGGGAAUCGAAGCAGCAUGUCCAGGUGGGGAGAUCAUGUACUCCACCUGUACGCUCUCUCAGAUCCAGAACCUGAGUGUGGUGGAACAAGCCAUUCACUUGGCUCGAGAGAAUCAAGGCAUCAGCGUUGAGGUCGUCGAUCUGCGACCCCUCACACACAUGUUUAGGAAAACCUUUCACUUCGCCCCCGACCUCCACUUGGGUGAGAUGGUUGUCCCACAUUUAGCUGCUAACUUUGGGCCUAUUUACAUGUGCAAGCUAAGGAGGCUGACAUAGAGGAACUGAUUUGCCUCAAAGCCUGUGGACUCGUCAGCUCUCGGGUACUGAGCAACAAAGCUGCCCGAUUAAUCUUUUCAUCACUUCACUGAAGCACAUUUGGCUGCUGACUUGUUCCAACAUCGGAAUGAGUAAAGUCUCCAGUUGACAGACAGUGGACGCACUGGACAGCUCUGAACUUUUUGUUCUGGACAUCUUUGGAGACUUAUAAACCAAGAGGAAUGACAACUUUCACUUUUGGAGUCCUUGAAUUGGGAUUUGAGUCAAGUUUUCAACACAAUGGAAAAUAGAUGAGGAUUGGAACCACCACUGUAGCAUGUAUUCUACUUGCAGUUUUAUUUUUGUCCCAUAGAUGGCAACAGUAACUAAAGAGUGAAGGUGUCCUCUAUACUUUUUGCCCACUAGAGGGCACUAAGCACAUAUAUCUGUAGAGGUUCCAGGAACUCCACUACAUGUGUAUACAUGUGUAUAUCAGUUCAUGGAAUCACAUUAGUGAAACUCACAUUUCUGUCAGAAUUUCCUUCUCUCUUUAAGUCUCCAGAGAAAAUGACAUUCCAUGGUAAUUCAUCAGGUUUGAUGGCUUUGCCUGAUAAAGUAAUAUUGGGCUGCGUGGAAGGAAGGCGUAAUGAACACACAGGUAAUGACGUAUUUGACCAUUUGGUAUCUCACAUCUGAAUCUGUGCAAGUUUCAUUAUUACAGCUGGAUUGACUCCGUUUUGCAUCGACAUCAGCCAGAGGUGAAGCGUUUCCUCUUAUCAACCUAAUGUGAGUGUAGAGGUGCCUCUUUCUCCAUCACACCGCCGAUGACCCUUUAUGUUGUCCUGCCCGAGCAAUGUUGCGUGAAAAAGGUGUGUGUGUGUGUGUGUGUGUGUGUG